CUAAAGAGGAAGAGGGAGAGAGGGAGACUGAAAGAGAGAGUGAGAGAGCAAGAAAUGGGGGAGUGGUGGGAGAGAGAGAGAGGAGGCGAAAAAGAGCGUGAAAGGCUCCACACGGCAGAAUAUAAAUCUGUAUGUUAACAGGACUAAAGCUGGAGGUCUCGAAACAGCUUUAGUGGCUGUGCUGGUGGGGGGGUGGCCAUAAAACAUCAAGAGGUGGUCUUCUCUAUUGACUGAGGAUCUGUGCAAAUAAGGAAGUGGAACCCGUGGAAGCUGUGAACGCCGGUUGUCAAGCACAGUGGUGAGCUGGUCGGAGGUCUCUGACCCCCUCAUUUUCCUUUCUCGAAGAGAAGAGAAGCGCAAAAGAGACACGAGAGAAAAAGGAAGGUGGCAGCCAGGGAGCAGUGAGCCAUUUCUCUCUUUAUUACCUCCAUUCACAAAACCAUUGCAUCCCAUUAUCACAGCGAUGUAGAGGCAUUCUCUCCGAUUAGAGGAGGAAGGGUCCCAUUGACUGCUGAGGCUUAGCACCUCUCUCCAAACGCUAGCCCUUUUCAUUGCAGCCCCCCUCAUCCCUCGCCUCUAUCCUUACGUCUGCUAUUUUAUCUGUUCUUCUCUCUUUUCUUGUCCCUUGUAUUCUUGUCCUUUUUCACACCACUCAGGAAUCAGGAGGCAUUGCGUUUUGGUAGAAGUGGGUGUUUCUGGAGCUGUCAUUGUGUUUGGUGCCGCUACAAAGAACAGCUGAGCAGGGAGUGAGAGAGACAGCUUUGGAGAUAAUAACAUAGCAGCUUGAAAGAAAAGGGGGGACCUGGGACUACAGGAACAGCUGACAACCACUGGAUGGUGAAUUGUGAUGAAAAGAAAACUGUUACAGAGACUGACAACCAUUUCAAGGUAGCUGUUUAUUGAGACCAUUACCACUUCUUAAGGCAAUAACGAAGCAGUGUGCUAAACCAACACUGCCGGUUGGGUUCUGCUAUUGCUGUUGCUAAGCAAAGUCUUUAACCUGAAGUUCUUGGGGAGACAGUAUUCAGCAUCACUCUACAGCCAUGAAAGGGAGCUCAGAGGAAAGCAUUGAAAGCACCAGGCCCUCCAACCUGCAAGCUUUUGCUAACAUAUCCACCCUACAUGGCAUGAGUCACAUAUUCGCCUAUGGGCACAUGACAUUUCGUCGAUUUCUUUGGACUCUUUCCUUCCUUGGUUCGCUAGCCUUAUUGAUGGUGGUCUGCAUGGACCGAGUGUCAUAUUACCUGGAGUAUCCUCACGUCACCAAGCUGGAUGAGGUGGCGGCAACUAACCUCACCUUCCCAGCUGUUACUUUCUGUAACCUCAAUGAGUUCCGCUUCUCCAGAAUCACCAGAAAUGACCUCUAUCAUGUGGGAGAGCUUCUGGCCCUCCUGAAUAAUAACUAUCAAAUAGCCAACCCACACUUGGCUGAGCCUGAAGUUCUGGCUGCCCUAAAGGAUAAGGCAAACUUCCAGAACUUCAAGCCCAAACUGUUCAACAUGACUGAUUUUUAUAACCGUACAGGUCAUGACAUCAAUGAGAUGCUACUGCAGUGCACCUUUCGAGGAGAGGAUUGCUACCCAGUGAACUUCACCACGAUUUACACACGCUACGGAAAAUGCUACACAUUCAACUCGGGACUAGAUGGCAACCCUUUGUUGACAACAUUAAAAGGUGGCACUGGGAACGGCUUGGAGAUCAUGUUGGAUAUACAACAGGAUGAAUACCUGCCUGUUUGGGGAGAGACAGAUGAGACCUCCUAUGAAGCAGGCAUCAAGGUUCAGAUCCACAGCCAGGACGAGCCGCCCUUCAUUGACCAACUGGGAUUUGGUGUGGCCCCUGGUUUUCAAACUUUUGUGUCAUGUCAGCAGCAACUGCUUCAGUACCUCCCUCCGCCUUGGGGAGAUUGCAAGUCUACUCCCAUAGACUCUGAAUACUUUUCCACAUACAGCAUCACCGCCUGCCGCAUUGACUGUGAAACUCGCUACCUGCUGGAGAACUGCAACUGCAGGAUGGUUCACAUGCCUGGGACCUCAACAGUUUGCACGCCUGAGCAGUACAAAGACUGUGCUGACCCAGCUUUAGACUUUUUGGUAGAGAAAGACAACGAUUACUGCGUCUGUCAGACCCCCUGCAACAUGACUCGCUAUGGCAAGGAGCUGUCCAUGGUUAAGAUCCCCAGUAAGGCAUCUGCUAAAUAUCUGGCUAAGAAAUUCAACAAAACUGAGCAAUAUAUUGGAGAAAAUAUAUUGGUCUUGGACAUCUUCUUUGAAGCUCUGAAUUAUGAGAAAAUUGAGCAGAAGAAGGCCUAUGAAAUUGCGGGGCUUCUUGGUGACAUUGGAGGUCAGAUGGGACUGUUUAUCGGAGCCAGUGUUUUAACAAUAUUGGAAAUAUUUGACUACCUAUAUGAGGUGUUUAAGGAUAAGGUUUUGGGUUACUUCAUACGCAAGAAACGACCACAGCGUUGCCAGAGCGACAAUCUGGAGUUUCCAGAGAACCCAACCAGCCCUGGUGUCACGCCUAAUCAUGCCCCCAGAGCACCUGUGACACCCUCCGGAGUCACUCGGACAGUCUCGGAUUCACGCCGAACAUGUUACCUCGUCACCCGACUCUAGGCAACUUUGAGGAAUUUGCUUGUUGACAACAUAAAGUAGGGGUUGGGGUUUGGGGUGGCACAUAUGGGGACACCAAACUGUGAAAUAAUAUAUGUAUUGAACAGAAAACGGUUGAGUGUAUAACUCAACAACGUACAGAGUAGAGUUUAUCAAUGCCUGAAUAGAAAUAGAGUACUAUCAUCAGAAAAAAAAGAAACCACUUCCAAAAACAGAACUCAGGUUUAACUGCCAUGUCAAGGCAUCAGUGUUAAUUUAUUCAUGUUUCAUUUUGUGUUUUUCUUAUGCCGUCACUUUAGAGUAUACAAUCAGUGAAGAUAAAUGUGUCCCCAAAAAAGUGUUUCUGACUUGUGUUGAGAUGAAUUACAUAGUACUAUCGUGCUAGUUUUGCUGUACAUCGGCCAAAAAAAUGAAUACAUGUGGAUUGGUAUGUGUAGCAUUGCAGUUUCUUACCAGUGUUAUGCCUCCAGCAUCUAACCAAUGCUGUAUCGAGUGACCUUAUACUUGUUACCGGUUUGAACAGGAGAGCCUUUUUAAGAAAUCUGCUCGACUUAAAUGAGCUGAUUGUUGAUUAAAAGAGCUGCUCGUACCUGAAUCAAAACACUAGACAAGUGCUUAAUGUUGCCUUUUGCUACUAUCAGGCUUUGAAUUGUCUCAUUAAUUAGAUAUAGAUCUCAGUAUCAUGCUUAUUCAAUUUAUAAAGAGUAAGGGUCAAAAAAAAAGGCUGUUACUUUUUAUCUUUAUAUAGCAUACAUUUUAAUUUUCAUUGUUUUCCCGUUAGUGUUGCUGUGCUGUCACAAAAAUGAAAUGCUAGCAUGCAGCUUGCUGUAAAAGUUGACCCUUAUUUACAUUGAUUAGAAGAGAAACAAUCAGGCUUUCCUUUUUUAAUAAUUCUCAGCCAUGUUGUUUUUUUUCCAUUACUGUGUCUUAAGGGUGUCCAUCAGCACAAUCCCCUGUGAUAGUAAUCUAUUCUCUAUGGAACAUAAGUUUAAAAGACUUGAUGGUGACAUUCCUAAACUUGACAGAAAUGUGUAAAUACCCACAAUCAAAAUGCCAUGAAGAAAUUCUGUAGGCCUACCACUCAUGUGAGACAUUGGUCAAAUAUAUCUAUGUAUCUAUGUAUCUAUCUAUCUAUUUAGAUAUAUCUAUAUAGAUAUAUAUAGAUAAACGUGUUUCUUCAUCUGUUUUUACACCAGAAGAAACUUUCUAUCUGGGUGGACCGUAAGUGUCUUUGAGUUUCUGGUGAAUAUGACGUGACUGACAACUAAAUAGACUUUAUUAGAUACAAAAUAAUUGCCUCAAAACAUCAAAACCACCAUGCACCUCAGCCCCAUUCAGUUCAGAUGAUUUAUAACGGAAAUGCAUUGUACAAUUUUACCAUUGUGUCCUUUUAUUAUUAUUAUUCCGGAAACAUGUAAUAAGUCACAAAUAACAGUUUGUGAUGUACAAAUGAUCAAGUAUAAUAAACUCUAUAUAUUUACCCAUCUUACUCACGUACACAAAUUUUCUUCUUCUUAUCUCCGUGUGAGUCUACUUCUCUCUAUUGUUAACGUUCACUCCUUGACACUACAGUUAUGGACUUGUAGGUACAUAUCCUCACUAUAAAUACUUGAGAAUUCAGAGGACAGAGUUUCAGAGGUUCAGAGUUGUUGUUUUUUUUAUGUGAAAUUUUCAACUAUAAUGCCAAUCAAGUAAAUGGUGUUCAUAACACUGUAGCUUUAUUAAUCUAUUGUCUGUGUAUUAGAUGACUGUUGAUGUGAAGCACAAACCCUCUUGGAGAUCAGCCAUCACUUGAAAGCCAAUGACCAGACAUCUAUGGUGGCGACUACCUUUUAUGGCUUUAGUUUUAACUACACACAUUUCACCGCUCCGGCAUUAACAGGAAUAAGAGAGAUCACCUCGCUAAGAGACUUUAUCCGAAUGGAAAUGUUACCUUUCAGGAAAUAAAAAAGGGUGAAUCAGUGGCGUUGUGACAUGAGCAAUAAGUGCACUGAAUCAAAUACAACUUUUAUCAAAUUGACAUAAAAAAAUAUAUUUGAUUUGGAAUCCCCAUUUUCAAUUCAUGACAUAUUCAACAGCUGGAAUGGAUGUAGGCCGAACAGCUGAAACACAGAUGUAUGUAAUGACGACUGUAUAUUAACAAUCAUUAACCAAAUAAAGGGACAAAAAUGCCAAUUCAUGUUACACAAUGAUGCUAUUCUAAUGAUGCUGCAUUGCCAUGAUGACUUUGAGUGUGUGUGUGUGUGUGUGUGUGUGUGUGUGUGUGUGUGUGUGUCAUGUUGCCAGGUUAUAAAGCAUCAACAUGACCCAGAAUUUAACACAAACUGUGGUUGAAGGAUUUGUGAAAAUGUUCUGGGUCUUUACCUCUCUCUCCCCACCCCCUGCCUUACUACCAGUCAAAGAACAGCAGAGUGUAUGUGAACUGGCAGAAACUAUUAACUGUUUGUGCUCAUUAAGUAGUCCUCAAUUGAUAUUUACCACAUAGUUAUGACCAAGUAGAAAACAGUAUUCUAUAUAGUUCUGUCACCAAACACCUACAUUUGAACUAUUUUAUUCUGACAGUUAAUAAUUUGUCACAUCACUCAUUUUCUUCCUUGCAUGACCAUUGCGUAUUCCUAUUAUCUCUGGUCUCUUAAUGUUAUCUUAGCCAUGCUACUCACUUUGUAAGGUCUAAAAUGUACUUUUGGAGCCAGAUGAAUCAAAAUGGUGUUCUCUACAUCAUGUGAUACGACAUCUUGAAUCUUUAUAACAUACAAAAAAAUCCUCCUCAAACCAGGCUUGGAAUUAUGCAAUACUCAAAAAGAAAGAUGUGGAAAAACUGCAAUAUCUUUCUGUCAAUUUUUAUGGAUUGAAUAAACAUAAUGUGGCUUGAAGUGAAACUAAAAUGUGCCUUCAAGACUGGUUCUUACAGGUAACAUCAAGAUUUUCAUGUGCACAAACAUCUGGGGAACAGAACUUGCUUCAUCUGGCUCUACGUGCUUUAUGUGCAUUUUAUUGUAGAUAUGUGAUUUUAACUCUGAACUGUAUAUUAAAUAGUUAAUACACUCUUAACUAUGUGUAACGUAAUCAGUCUUAAGUCAAACUGUCAUGGGUGUUUCAUGUCACUUUACUGACAAACCAAACUGCAUGCCAGUUUAAAGGCCCUGAAAACAUAUGAUCUUAAUCACUGUGAGCGAUGGGAUCCGACCAUCGAUUGAAUUAAAGAAGAUGGGUGGGGCUCAUUUGGAAACAGCUUGUAUUACAGAAUUGCACGCACCAAUCAGAAUUUUGGUGACCUGAGUUGUUUUUCACUGUUACACUUUGUUUCAAAACCAAGUUUUCAAGGGCUUUAAACAAACUUGACACCUAGUUUAAUGAAACCACGCAGCCUAGCCUGGUGUACACUGAAGCUGACAAAAUAAAGCCAGAAAGAAGGUGA